AAAUGUUACUGCUUGCCUUUACUCUUUGCCAAUGAUAAUGAGAAGAACUUGGAAGUACCUGAAGAAAUACACUAUUGAUUUGGGCUUACUCUGGCCUUCGUCUUCAUCUCGUCGUGAUGGUCAAUAUGUAGAACUAUGAUUCGACCGCCUAGCCGGACGGAGACUCCGCAACUGUGCCACUAUGAAGUGGAUUCCAGGAAUGGCAACACAUCGGCAUCGAAUCACCACCAAAUGCGGCGAAAAUGACAGCCCAGUUGAUUGGGACCUCAACUCUUACUGGUCUAAAGUAAGUGAUAGUUAUGGUUUUCUAUCUGACAAGAGGCGCAAUGCUGUAAGCCUGGACCAUGAACCAAGAAUAUCUUGCAUGGUCGCCUCUGGAAUCAAUACGAACCUCCAAACGGAUGCCCACCUGUCGAGUGGACCUGGGCAGGGCUAGCAGCCCGUCCCUAUCUCCGAAAGUAUGCCGAUAAACCAAGGUGGAUUUGACUUCCCUCAGGGAGUCAGGGACAGGUAAGGUAGCCAACAGACUAAUGGUAAUCUUCGCAGGGGUCCGUUUCACCGGCCUUCCUGACAGGACAGGUACAACUUAGUUAUUUAUGUUGAGACAGACAGGGUAGGCGAUGGCCGAUCUGAUAGAGAACCAUUGCCUCGGCUGGCUGCUCUACCAGGAAGGAUCGUACUACGUGGUACUUAGUAGGACUCCGGAGUAGUCAGGUGGUGCCGGCCUGCAGGCCAUUGCG